AUGAGUGACCUGGAGCCUGAGUGUAAGAGGCCGAGAAUCACAGAGCCCGAGCUCGACCCCGGGGAGAGGCUCGAGCCGCCUCCUGCAGCCGCCCGGGGCCCGGCCCAGGAGCAGCCCGAGGCCCAGCCCCAGCCCGAGGCCCGGCCCGAGGCCCAGCCCCAGCCCCGGCCCGAGGAUGAGGAGGAAGCGGAGAGGCGCCGCCGCGGCCUCUGCACUGAGUUCUCCGCGGUGUCGGGCACUGAGGAGGCCGCGGCUCAGUGCUACUUGGCGGCCAGUGGCUGGGAACUGGGGAGAGCACUUAAUUCCUAUUUUGACUCAGACGUCCAGCCAUCUUCCUCAGCCAUGGAAACUCCUUCGCAGUUGGAUGAGGGAGCAAGCUCUCAGGUGUGUAUUGAUCUGACAGACAAGGACAAAGUGAAAACGGACAAUGUGAAAACUGACAAGGACAUUUGUGAGCAGGAGCAAGUGGAUGAAAGUCGCAUUUCAUUGCUAACCUGGAACAUUGAUGGACUAGACCAGAAAAACAUACAAGAAAGAGCCCGAGCUGUUUGUUCCCUCAUAGCGCUGUAUACCCCAGACAUAGUGUUUCUGCAAGAAGUUAUUCCACCUUAUUACAAUUAUUUGAAGAAACGAGCUGUGAGCUACACAAUUAUUCCAGCGGAUGAGGAGGGCUACUAUACGGCAAUAAUGCUGAAAAAGUCCCGUGUGAAGCUGCUGAAACAAGAAAUAACACCUUUCCUAAGCACCUCUAUGGAAAGAAAUCUCCUCAUUGUGCAGGUGAACAUUGCAGGGAAUGAGCUCUGUUUAAUGACUUCGCACCUGGAGAGCACUAAGGACCAUUCUAGGGAGCGGGUCCGACAACUGCAAACUGUGAUGAAAAAGAUGCAAGAUGCAGCGGAAACUGCAACGGUGAUCUUUGGAGGCGACACAAACCUAAGGGACCAUGAGGUGACAAAACUUGGAGGUUUAAAAGCUGGGAUUUCAGAUGUCUGGGAAUACCUAGGAAAACCAGAAUACUGUCAGUAUACGUGGGAUACACAAAACAACAACAAUCUGGAGGCUUGUUACAAGUGCAGGCUUCGGUUUGACCGCGUGUUUUUCAGGGCUGGGACCGAGACUCAGAUCAUCCCACAGCAAAUGGAGCUCGUAGGAUUGGACAAGUUGGAAUGUGGAAGGUUCCCUAGCGAUCACUGGGGCAUCCUGUGUGACUUUGAUGUGAUAUUGUGAGAUGGCAAUUUUAAGGUGAAAAGUAAAGUCGUAAAGCCUAUUGUACUUGAAAAUAUUGAUGUAAAAUUACAAUUUGAGGAAAUAAUUCAGGGUUCGGUCUAUCUCGGUGUAUCAGGUUUGAUGUCCCGUCAGGUUUAAUAGUUUAAAAAUGCUUGGGUUGAUAUCAAAAUAUUCCUUCACGCAUUCUGUUCAUUAUUUAAGGAAUGUACUAAGAUAUAUUUUUAAAUGCUCCUCAUCUGACUUCUAAACAAUGGGAGGUGUCCAAAUCUUCCUGAGAAGCUAAGGCUGCUGCCAUUUUGGCUUCCUACUUAAAAGGAUGUUUUUUGAGAGCCAAAAAUGGCCUUUUCGCUCUUAUUCAGCAGAUACUAGGCUCACUCAGAUUACUGGGUGUUGGGCUCUCAGAUGAUUUGACUAGCUAUUGAACAAACACAAAUUACUGAUUAGAUACUGGACAAACUCAGAUUACUGACUUUGGAUACAUUGAUCAUACAGAUUAUUCAUAGGAUGCUGGUCUGGGCAUGGACCAACAUCUCUCCAAUAAUUCCAAAUGGCUGUUUUCAGAACUUGAAAGUGCUCCUCCCUAAGGGGAUGACAUGCGGGGCUUGGGCACCAUCAUUAUUUAGAAGUCGGGUGAGGAGUAUUUUAAAACACAUUUAAUGACAGAAGUCCCUUAAAUAAGAAAUGAAAUGUGUUUCAGAGUAAUGCAAUGUUGUCUCCACCGUGCCUUUGAUUGGCUCAAAUCGGUAAUCUCUGGCACACUGGCUCAUUUUAUAAUAAUUAACCUUGGUUUAACUCCAUAUCACGUCAUCGAGAUGUCUCAAAGAGCUGCACAUGAUAUACUAUAAAGUAGUGUGACUGGUUAUUUUGUAGGCAAAAGGUUGGGGUUUAAGGUGACAUUGUGGGGACAGAGUGAAGGGAGCUUUAUUCCCCAGCUGUCUGCUACACCUGAUCUGGGAGUGCUUGAUGCUGAUAAUGGGUUCCUGAAUUGGAAAAGAUGUUUCCAUUUCUCAGCAUUAACAUUGUUCCCGCUCAAGAAUAUAGAACGUUUUAUAAUAACACAUCCUUUGGUCAUUGUCUUCUACUUCUUUACCUGUGUGACUGUAGAUAUCUUGGAAUUACGGGAAAAGCGUGGAAAUAUUUGUGUAUUUUUUAAAACAGAAUGUCCAAAGUUCCAAGACAUCUGCAGUCCCAAUAAAGCCCAGUUGUUGCCUUGAAAAUAAGUGGGAAAAUAGGAUAUUUUCGUUCUAUCUCUUCCUCCCUAACUCCAGUGUUUCAGUACAUUUAACAAUAAAGCUUACAGUUGGUCUGCCUGUAUAUUUUAAGUAAAGUUCUAUUGAGCAUUGAAAAUAAAGGUGAUAUCAAUUUCCUAAUAAAAAAAGAUCAAUUUUA